AUGAACAAUUCAUCGCAUUCAAUAUCUCCCAAGAAGGCUCGAGUCCAUGGUCCGGAACAUCAACAAAUCAACCACUCUAUUUUCACUUCCAACAAAUCUAAGCUUAAUGGUAAGGCUUACAAAUUACUUUUAGCAAUUAACUACAUAUGUCUUUUCGUAGGUUCAGUGGCUUCUUCACUCCUCUUGAAAUUUUACUUCAACCACAAAGGAUCCAGCCGAUGGGUCUCUACUUGGGUCCAAUCAGUAGGAUUUCCUCUUCUUCUCCUUCCGAUAUACCUUCCAUAUUAUCUCCACCAUUUUCUGCCUAAAAAUGGUCAAAUUUUGAAUAGACGAAAACCCUUUUCAAGUUUCGAUAUGAAACUUUUGGGAUUAUCAUUCGGGAUAGGGUUAAUGUUGAUGAUUAGUAACCUUUGCUUUUCUUGGGGUAAUUCAUAUCUUCCUCUUUCUACUUCGUCUCUAGUGUUGUCUUCUCAACUCGUGUUUAUUCUUCUUCUUUCGGUCAUUAUUGUGAAGCAAAAGAUCACAUUUUUAAACCUUAAUUGUGUCAUUCUUCUAACGCUGAGUUGUGUGCUCUUGGCACUAAGUUCUAAAGCCGAUCGGCCCGAAGGAUUGACAACUACCAAAUACCUCCUGGGUUUCUUCUCCACCGUUUGCGCAGGGUUGUUGUUCGCGCUCUACCUUCCACUCAUGGAAAAGAUUUACAGUAAGGUGGAUUGUUAUGCAAUGGUGAUGGAAAUGCAGUUCGUAAUGGAGGCAACAGCUACUGCUGUUGCCACAUUAGCAAUGGCGUUGGCUGGAGGUUUUAAAGAGAUGAGACAUGAAAGCAUAACCGUGUUUGAUCUAGGACCCACCAAGUAUUGGGUGAUGAUAUGUUUCAACGUGGUGACGUGGCAGCUGAGUUUUAUGGGUGCAGCCGGGAUGGUGUUUCUAACCACUUCUUUAACCGGAGGGAUAUGCAUGACGGCGUUGAUGGCAAUGAAUGUAGUAGGAGGGGUGGUGGUGUAUGGCGAUGAUUUCAAGGGCCAAAAGGUGGUGUCGACGUUGUUGUGUUUAUGGGGAUUCUGUUCGUAUGUGUACGGGAUGUAUUUGAGGAUGACGCAAGACACGAAAGAAAACAACAGUAGAAGCGGUGAAGAUACCCCACCACUGGGUCUACAACAGGAACAAAAGAAGUCGUUGUUGGAGUUAUCUGAGAUUGUAACGGAAGAUCACCACUAA